AUGAUUCGAAGAAUUUUUGUAUUUGUCUUUUUAGUGGCCAUUGCCAAUGCAUCGCGUUUAACUCAAAAAAACAAACCCUUGCCUACGACUCUGAAGGCAAAUUUCUCACCUCUUGCUCUGAACGCAACUGCAGCCAACUAUGGUGAUGCCGUCUCCCAGUUUUUGCAGGCCUGGAAGCAGAUGAUACCCUGUGGCUAUGCUGAAGACAAUAUUCCAGUCUUGGCCCCGUUAACCCACGAUUUUUCCAGUUUCAAUUUCUCCAAAGGCGAGACCAGCUUUGUUGGCAAUUCUAGCAACAUCCGCAUCUCGGGUCUAAACAACUUUAUUGUCCUCAGUGGAUCCUUCAAUGUCAGCACUCAGAAAGCCAAAUUUGAUAUCCUCUUCCCAGAGAUCCAGAUCUUGGGCUCCUUUGCCGUGGAGGGUGUCAUGAGCAUGCUUGGAUUUGCCUUCCCCGUUCGCGAAGUCAGUUUGCUGAAUGAGAGAUUCCAACAAUUGCGUUUCGUUGGCGAAUACACCUUUGGUCAGAGUCUUAUCAAUCCUACUGGACUACGCAUUAGCGAUUUCCAUCUGCAAUUCUAUUUGGCUGAUGUGAAAAUCGACAACUGGGACAUUUUGUGGAACAUUUCACUCAACGAAUUGUCUAAUACUUGGGCUAGACAGAUAAUUAGCCUUGCAACUAAACUAGUUCAACCUAAUGUAGAUGUAUUGUUAUCCCUCGAUGUGAUUCCUAUUAUCAAUGAUAUGCUCUCCGCUGUGAACCUUGAUCAGCUAUCCCAAUUUUUGGUCAAUUCUGCCAACAGGUGGAACAGUGCCAACUGUCAAGUUCAGGCUUAA